AUGUCACACUCUGGUACACCGUCACCUAAUUCUAGUCGUUCAAUUCUUUCGUCAAAACCGUUGAAUCUCCCGUAUGGAGGGACUAAUUCUUCACCUCUUGGUAAGAAUUUACUCAAGACUCAAUUUAUAAACCGGUCUCCUACCAAAUCAAUUGUCAAGUCUGCUAGCUCCUCACCAAAAAAGUCAAAAUCCUCAACAACGAGUCUCCUCGGGUUUUCCAUUUGGGAGGAUAAAAAGGCAGUUUCUUCUACAGUCGAGAUGACAGAAAGACCAAAGUCCAAUAAAUUGAACCACAAUGAUCAGGAAAAUAUACUUCAACCGAAAAAAAUCAAAAAUUUGAGGAGUUUCAAACGCAAACCUUUGGGCGAUUUAAGCAUUAACGAAUACAAGGGAUUUGUUACUUGUGGAGAUGAUACCACAAUGCUGUUGACAGAAUUGUACCAGCCAAUGAAUUUCGAUAAUGAGUCAAGGUCAUUGCAUAGGUUUGAUGGUUUGCCCGGGUUUGUAACGCCUAGCAGAAGAAAUAAUAGGAACAAGUAUUUGAGCAAGUCCUUGAGUUGGGGAGGAGAAAAGGGGGGACUAGCGAGACAAGUCAAUGGUGGGGUUGGUGUUGGUGCCAAUGGCGUUUACAUGAUUCAAAAACAUUCAAGAUCGCUGUCCUUGGGUAGAAAUGAGGCCAAGAGAAGCUUGAUUAAAAAAAACAACUUUUCAAUAUUAGCUACAACCUCUUGA